UGAACAACACACAAGCACAAAUCUGGCAGAGGGACUUAAGGAGACAGUGUUUGAGUGGAAGUUGGAGAGGCCAGGAACUACAAUUCCUGUCACAACAGACAAUGCAAGGAAUAUUGUCAAUGCAGUCAGUGAAGCUGGACUGGGCCCUCAAAUUGGAUGUUUUGCACACACAAUUAAUUUAGCAUCACAGAAAGCAACAGGUCUCAACCAGGUGUCCAGAGUGCUAGGUAGAGUCAGAAGGGUUGUGUCUUUUUUUCACCGUAGCCCAACAGCAGCACAUAUAUUGGAGAGCAAACAGGAAAUGCUUAAUAUUCCAAAACACACCCUUAUUCAUGAUGUCACCACCCGCUGGAACUCCAGUUAUGAUAUGCUUGAGAGGUACCUUGAACAGCAAGCAGCUGUGUACUCUGCACUGACAGAAAAGGCCCUCAAGAAGAAUAAAGAAAUAAGCACGUUGUCUGACCAGGAUGUGAAAAUGGCAGAGGAGGUACUUGAGGUUCUUAAACCACUAAAAACCAUCACAACACUGAUGAGCACUGAAUCCACACCUUCAGUAUCAAUGAUCCUCCCCCUAAAAACCACAGUCCUCAACUCUAUGGCACCCAAUGAGGAAGACAGUCCAACUGUGAGAGAAAUCAAGGCUGCCAUCACAGAAAACCUGAAGAACAGAUACUCUGCUUGUCAUGACUUCCUCCACAAAUGCACAGCUCUUGAUCCGAGGUUCAAGGCCCUUCCUCAUGUGGAUGAUGCCUGUCGUGACAGAAUCUACAACAACCUCAUCACAGAAAUUGUAACCAUGGAAGAACAGAGUGAGGAGGCCACAGCAGUUAGUUCAUCUCCAGUGACAGGACACUCAGAGGCAUCAUCUCCUCCUGUCAAGAAGUCAGCCAUGGCUGAACUGUUUGGUGAACUCUUCAAGACUCAGGUGGGAAACAAGCCUACUUUGCAGCUAGUGAAGGAAGAGGUUACCUUAUACAAGUCUGUGGACUGCAUUUCACUGGAUUCCAACCCACUUGAAUGGUGGAGGACCAAUGAGCCCACAUAUCCUCAUAUUGCCAAGUUAGCAAAGCACUACCUUGCUGUACCUGCUACCUCAGUCCCUAGCGAGAGGGUAUUUUCUACAGCUGGAGACAUUGUAACUGCCAGUAGAUCUUCCCUUUCUGCAGACAAUGUGGACAAGUUAAUUUUUUUGACAAAAAACAUGAAAGUUGAAUGAAUCUGAGCAGGUCUAAAAACUGAAACUGUUGAUGCUGCACUUUACACUUUGUAAAAUUUAUAUAUAUAUAUUUUUUUUCAUAUGAGCAGGCCUAAAAGCUGGGAUUGGUAA